AUGCCCGGCUUCAGUGCGCCUUACAUGGGCUUGCCUGAUCCUGAGAAGAGACCUGUGGAAAGCAUGGAGACUUCGGUGAGCCAACCCGCCACUCCUGAGCGCCGCAGCAGGUCUUGGUACAAGAAGCUCGGCUUCAGGGCCAGCGGCACUGACGUGAGUGGUCGUUAUUCCCUCACUUCGAUGGACCUGAAAUCCGAAGCAAGAAGCAAGGAAGCAUAUCUAAAUAAACCACUCCCUGCUCUUCCGCAACCUCCAUAUUUCGAGUACCUCUUCGCGGAUGCGGGUCUCAAGGCCAUGAAGUCUAAGGAAUCAAUGAAAUCAUCAUUCGAAGCGAACAGCAAUGCACAGGCUACCACUUCCAAUGGCCCGGACGGAGGUUACAUCCUUGACACCCCUGACAUCACCCAGUUCGCCUUUGCACAUGCAGGCGUGGACGUUACAACCAAGGACAUCGUUGACAAUCAUUUCGCAUCUCUUGGCACAAGCCUCGAGGGCUAUCUUAAUAUUGACAUCAAUGAAGAGCUGGAGAGGGAAAAGGCCACCGAAUCCUUUUUCGGCGGCGUCGAGGCUAGAGAAGGACCAAGCCCCAACCAUGUUCCCGUGGUCGACGAAGACGGGUUUGACGAUCGACGGGAAGGUCUGGAAGACUGGCCUCAGCUUUGGCAACUUGACAAAGAGACUCUCACCGACUACGAGAUCCCAGGAUCCGAGAACUUCUCAAUCCAAUUCACCGAGACGCCAGCCCACUACAACGACAGCGACAAGCCCAUCCUCAAGCCCAGGUCACAGAAGACUAAGGAGCAAGCCCGCCUCCAAGAUCCUUCUUUUCCAGAUUCAUACCAUACUACCGGGCGUACCAUCAACGCUCUGGCUGUCCAACCAGUUCAAGCUCCUCGCCCAUUGACAAUUCGGAAGAAAGCCAAGAAGAGAAACGCUCGUGACUCGUUCGUGACGAAAUCUACCGCAAGUGAUCCAAACCCCGAUGACCACAACAUCCAUCUCCUCUUCACGAAGAAGAUCCGCGUCGCAGCGAAGCUUGUUGACGAAGAUGUCAACAGCAGCCGCGCGGUCUCAGUGUGUGGCUCCAUCUCUGACGAUUCUUCAUCCGCUCUUCCCCUCAACGGCCGAACGAGCAGCAGCAGCUCCGCCACCGAGCUCACUGAUGUCGAUGAUGACAGUUCCCAUGCCGCUCUAGCUCUCAAGCGCAAGCGCCUCACCGCUGGAUUGACUGGAUACCCGGGCCAAUUCGAAUCCUACGAGGCUGACUACCUCCGCGUACGUGCCACGCGUAGCUCGACCCUCGGAGCCCCGACCCCAUUCACAAUGGGCGACCCGCUCCACCCAAACAACGAAUUCACGCACACAAACUUCGUUGCGGACCCGACAUACCCGUCGAAGAACUAUACUAAAGCCGACCUGGACGCUCUCCCCGUGCGUGCUCUCGCGCUCACCCAUGCAGAAGGCUGUGCCGCGCACGCCGCCGCCGUCAGUGCCAUGCGCACCGACAUCGAAGAGACUCUCCGGCGCGAAGUCCACCGUGAGUGCGCAGCCGCGCGACUCGAGGGCGUCUCGGUGGGCCAGUACCGAUACUACCAGGGUUUCAUGAGUCUGGAAGAGUACGUCGCGGCGCGCAUCUGCGUCUGCUGGGAUUUCUGCUGGUGCAGCAAGUUGUGCACAAUCUACGCCGAUGUGCUAUGCCCAUGCAGCGAGUGGAUUGGCGUGCACGGCGAUGACUAG